AUGCCGGCGGGGCACGGUCUGAGAUCGCGCACGAGGGAUCUGUUUGCCCGUCCCUUCAGGAAGAAGGGCCCGACUCAUCUUUCAACCUAUCUCCGGGCCUAUAAGAUAGGGGACUAUGUCGAUGUCAAAGUUAACGGGUCGAUCCACAAGGGUAUGCCCCACAAGUUCUACCAUGGGCGCACUGGUCGAGUUUGGAACGUCACCAAGCGUGCUAUCGGGGUUGAGGUCAACAAGCAGGUUGGUAACCGAAUCAUAAGGAAGAGAAUUCACGUUCGUAUUGAGCAUGUUCAGCCCUCACGUUGCCACGAGGAGAUACUUGAGAGGAUCAAGAAGAAUGAUAAGCUGAAGGCUGAGGCCAAGGCACAAGGUAAGAUUAUUAGCACCAAGAGACAGCCAGAAGGACCCAAGCCUGGUUUUAUGGUUGAGGGUGCAACUAUCGAGACUGUGACUCCAAUACCAUAUGAUGUUGUCAAUGAUCUCAAGGGUGGUUACUAA